GAGCGGCCUUGUUUUUUAUUUAUUUAUUUAUUUAAAAAAUGGUCUGAGCAAUUGCAAGCUGGGGAUAUUCACUUACCCUGACUCGCGAAUCGCCGCCACUUCUUCAGCUUAUUAGCUUUGUUUACUUUCAGUUUUCCUCAACCAGGAAAUUAUAUUGAUUUGAUUUGAUUUAAAUGCUGGGAUAGACCUUGUCGAGGGACUAGAUCGCCUGACUUGUUGGUGUUUUGUCAAUUAAUUUAUGUUUCUGUGGAUCUGUUAGGGUUAGGAAGGGUGCAGUGGAAGAGUUUUUUUUUUAAAAAAAAAAGAAAAAGAAAGAGGGAGGUCAAUUCUUUAACUAAUCCGCAUGCCGGGUUUCCGGGGUGGGCAAGUGUUUUGGGGUUCGUCAGUUAAUAAUUUGUUGUCCUGAUAGUUAGUAAUGUGUUGCUAGUUUCAGUUUGCUGUAUCUUAUUGCCUUGCUUCGCAACUCGGGAGAAAUGUCACGACAACCAGCUUUCUUGGGUUUUGCUAAUGAUAAUUAAUUGUUCUAGUAAUCCGAUUAAGGUACUUUUGAAGCAAUUUGGGGCACUGCAAGGUGCUUAAGAAAGCUUCAAAUCCGGUUUGUACUUUGCAUGCGUAUGAAGUAGCAGUAGCUAUUAAGAGAAAGAAAGUGGAAAUAAAGGAUAAUCCUAGCAAAUCUGGCCCAAGAUAUGCUAUCUCACAAGUCAAUAACCUACAACUCUAUGACUGCCAGGGAUAAUGAUCAACUCUAAUUAGUCUCCUAGAACUACUGUGGCAAUCCCUAAUGCGAAGAUAAAUCUGUUUCAUAACUUCACCCAAGCUUGCCGUGCUCUUCUUAUGCACUGAAUCUAUGUACUUACUUGAUCCUUUACAAAGGUUUGCACCUCUGACAAUUUUGAAUUUCUUGGCAAUAGGAUGCAAAGGAUUUUUGCUGAUGUAGUUCAUAGUCCUUUACGUUACAAGACUCAGACGCAAAAUUUAUUCUACUUUUUCAUUUCGCAUUAGAAAAUGGAGUAGUUAUCAAUUAUCAUCACGACCGGAUCUUUUAGAAUUCCCAAGCAACUCUUCAAUUUUGCUUGAAGGUUGUGAUGUGGGCAGAGGAAUGUGGUAAAUUUGAACUGCACAUGUUAGGUGCUGGAAGAAAUCAGAUCACUUCCUGGCCCCUCUUAAGGGGAUGAAAGGUCGUUUAAAGUAGACAAGAGAUUGUUUUGGUUAGUGCCUUGAGUGUGCAACUAUCCCAUUCAUCCUCUAAGCUUUCAUAGACACUGCUGCUAAACACUUUCCAAGAUUCUCUGUUAACUUUGAGCUCAUAAGCCAGAUAUAAUGCAUUGUCAUUGAUAUAAGUAGCUGAGUGUCAUGCUUGUAAAGGAUUUGCAAGAAGUAGUCUCCGAUGCGUAUUAUCAUUGCAUCACCAAAAAUUAUCAGGGAUAUAUGAGAUGAGAAAAAUUUUCCACUUUACUUUCUUGGGUUCAAGAUUUGCAGCUGCAUCCUUCCUUAACACAGCAUGAACAUGAAUAAAAUAUUCCUUCCGUCCUCUUUAGUGAAGCCAUCUGCAUCUGUCAUGUCCUCUACAGUUACUUGGAGACAUCUCGGAUGAAUUGAAAACAGCACCUAAAAAUGAGCAAUUUUGGUUUUGGUUGUUGAAUUUGUCCACAAACAAACUAAAAAGGUUGCAGCAUGAGUUGAAUACUCGGUACAAGUAAAAAGCAUCCGAAGAUUUGUGGUUGCAUAUGACUUUGCUGUGAGUUUUGCUAAUUUUAAGGUGUGUUGCAAUGAAGGGGCAGACAUGGCGUCUUUAGCGACAGCUGAAGCUUGUGAUACAAAUGCAGCACUUCUGGCUAGUGGUGACCUGCGGGUACUGCAACCCGUUUUCCAGAUUUAUGGUCAGUGUCGAGCAUUCUCAGGGACCAUAGUCACUCUUAAGGUCUUUGAGGACAACGUGCUGGUUAGGGAGACUCUUGAAACUAGAGGCGAAGGCAGAGUACUUGUAAUAGAUGGUGGAGGAAGCAUGAGGUGCGCCUUGGUAGGAGGAAACUUGGGACAGCUAGCCCAAAAUAUGGGUUGGGCUGGAAUUGUAGUCAAUGGGUGCAUUCGAGACGUGGAUGAGAUCAAUUCCUGCGAUGUUGGAAUUAGAGCCUUGGCAUCCCACCCCCAGAAAUCUAACAAAAAGGGUAUUGGUGAAAAGCACAUCCCAGUUGUUGUUGCAGGAACCUUGAUCCGCAAUGGGGAAUGGCUGUAUGCAGAUAGUGACGGCAUCCUUGUAUCAAAAACUGAGCUUUCGGUUUGACCGAAGCCUGUGGCGCUGGAAUCAGUUGCUAAGGAAGAUUUUGAUUCAUGAAAUGUAAUAAGAGCAUUUGUACCAUGAACAUUGACAUUAUUGAAUUGAUGAUGAAUUAUUUGACAAGUUCAGCUUA